CGCCUACAGCAGUCAGCGGCGCGUAGAGGGCUGAAUAUAUAAAGUGGCAAUAUUUAUUUUGGUGGCUUGAUUUAACCGCUGCACUCGGCACCUCUCCCAAACAUUCGCCUCACUUGAGCUGGAGCCUCCAACGUAUCUGCUGCAGGCGAGUUUUUAGCACUGCGCGGCUGCUGAAGAUUCGCAAACAUGGGCCUGCUCUUUGACUCGCUGCUCGUUGAGCUGCUGGCCUUUGGGCUGGCCGCCUGGGCCCUAUUCUACUGGUACGCCACCAAAAACUACAGUUACUGGCAGAGCAAAAAUGUUCGCACAGCGAAGAAGCUGACACCCCUUUUCGGCACCAUGGCCGAGACUUUCAUGUUGAAAACGCAGCUCGGCGUCUUCUACCAGAAGCUGUACAACGAACUGGAAGGCGAACGAUUCGGCGGAUACUACAAAUUGCGGGACCCGGCUAUUUUGGUGCGCGAUCCGGAGUUGAUCAAACAUGUGCUGGUUAAGGAUUUCAGUAGCUUCCACGACAACGACGUUCACAUUAAUGAAAAAGUCGAUCCCAUGCUUGCUUACAACAUUUUCUCGAUCCAUGGACCCAAGUGGAAGUUCUUGAGGCAGAGGCUGGCGCCAGCGUUCACCACGGGCAAAAUCAAGUCGAUGUUCCCCCUGAUGCAGGAAGUCUGCGAAGAACUGAAGAAGCAUGUCCAAAGGGCAAUUGAUAAUAAGGAGAGUCGCGAGGUUAAGAGGAUGGCAGCCAACUUCACGACAGACGUAGUCGGAUCAUGUGCUUUUGGGGUUAAGUGCAACUCUCUGCAAGACGAAAGCAACACCUUCCGCCAAAUGGGCAUGGAAAUGCUCAAUCCUGGACCGGUUAGAGGACUGGUGUUGAUGAUUGUUCUUUUUUGGCCAAAGGUUGGCGAUUUUUUCGGGCUGAAAUUUGUGUCCGACCGCCUAGCCAACUUCUUCAGGAAGCUGGUGAAGGACGCUAUCGAGUUCAGAGAAAAAAACAACGUCACUAGGAGCGACUUCAUUCAACUGCUGAUUCAGCUGAAGAAAAAAGGAGAGCUGGACGCUGACGCCGGAGAGAAGAUUGAGAAUGGAGUGAAGCAAGAAAACGGCGGAACUGACCAUUAUGAAGAAGCAAAAAUUGAGUUUACUCACGAUGUACUGACAUCACAGGCAGUAGGGUUCUUUGGUGAUGGUUUCGAGACUUCGUCUUCCGCUCUUGCUUUCACCCUUUUUGAAAUCGCCAACAAUCAAGAUGUGCAGGAAAAGUUGAGGGAAGAAAUCAAGACAGUACUGGAAAAACAUGAUGAAAAAUUUUCUUAUGAGGCUAUUCAAGAAAUGCAUUAUUUAGAUCAAGUCCUUCUAGAAUCUCUACGCAUGUACCCCCCUGCUGGCGCCAUGAACCGACUUUGCACUAAGCGCUACCAGUUCCCUGAUUCAGACCUGAAAAUUGAAGUUGGCACCACCAUGACUGUCCCUAUCUACGCUAUACACCACGACCCCAAGUACUGGCCCAACCCAGGAAAGUUUGACCCUGAAAGAUUUACUGAUGAGAAUAAGAAAAGCCGCUUGCCCUACACCUUUUUCCCGUUCGGGGAAGGACCGAGAAUUUGCAUUGGUAUGCGAUUCGCUCAGGCCCAGGUGAAAGCUGCUAUAGUGACAAUCGUGAAGAACUUUGACCUUGAAACCACUGGACAAACGUCGUACCCUGUUGUGCUGGACCCUAACGUCUUUCUGAUUCAUGCCAAGGAAGGCCUGCAUGUCUCAUUCAAGUCCAGAAAUUAAUUACGUUAUUUUUUUUUAAAACUUUGAAUGUGUAUUGCAAUAAACUUCAUCAUUAUAAGUGUCA